GCAUUUCAGACAACCCCAUUAGAAAUGAAUGAUAUAUAUUUCGAAAGAUUGAGAGUUGUUGCAUAUCAGAAGUGGAGACAACUCCUAUGAGAGCUGACAAUGGCAUCCUUCACUUGGCAGAAAUAUCUCUGCUUAAGUUUUUGGUUGGCUAUAAAGAGCUGAGAUUUGGAAUAUAGACAAGUUUUUUGAUCUGGGUGUUCAGAAAUUUCGCCGUGGAAGACUUUUGAAGCUAGCUGUUUCGAAGAAUCUUCAUUGAAAUUUAGAGUUUGAUGGGCGCCAUGAAAGGAAUAGAGCGGGUUUUGCCACUGGUUUUCAUCAUAACGGUAAUAUUAGCCUCCUCGAGUAUUCCAGAAAUUGCAGGACAGACAACCUCAUCUAAUAGCUUUGCACUAGGGAGAAAUUUGCUUCAGACAAACAAUGUCUCAGAACCGAUUAGACAGCUAGAUGGUACUGUGAGGGUGGAUCCUCUAAAUAAUUUGAAAAAAUACAGGGGAGGAUAUAACAUCACCAACAAGCAUUAUUGGAGUUCGACUAUAUUUACUGGAAUUUAUGGUUAUUGCAUCGGGGUGUUAUGGUUUUUGUGUGGGAUUGUAUAUGGAGGCUUUCUGUUGGCAACUACUUUUUGUAGUAAAAGUAGAAAGAGUGGAAAAUUGAGGAGAACAUCACCUUCUUACAAGCAGUGUGGCCUCUGGCCUGUUCUCCUUGUCACUUUCUUCACAAUUCUAGCAAUAGCUGCAUCUGGGUUAGUUCUAGGGGGCAAUGCAAGAUUUCACUCACAAGCAAAAGCCGUGGUGAACAUUAUCAUGAACACAGCAAAUGAGGCAUCAGAAACCAUAUACAACACGACAGGGGCAAUGACAGACAUUACAAAUAACUUGGGAGCAGCUGCUGUAAGUAAUGAUGCUUCUGUCUUCCUUACCUCCACAUCUGAGAAACUUAAUGUUGAAGCUGCUGACAUACAAAGGCAGGCUAAGAAGAACAGGCAUCUCAUCGACAAGGGUCUCAGAAUAGUGUACAUAACAACGACUGUUACCAUUUCUUUGAACCUGGUUGCGGUCAUAGCUCUCUCAGCGUCUGGAAUUCUGAGGUUUCGCCGGGCACUUCACAUGUUCAUUAUACUAUGCUGGUUCCUGACGGUUCUGUGCUUCCUCUUCUUUGGAAUAUAUUUCUUCUUACAAAAGUUUGCAAGUGAUACGUGCACAGCUCUUGAAAACUUCCAACAAAAUCCCGAGAACAGCAGCUUGAGCUCAAUCCUUCCCUGUGAUGAAUUACUAUCAGCUAAAUCAGUACUAUUUGAUGUCAGUGGAAGGAUCUACAACCUUGUUAAUAAGGUAAAUGCAAACAUAUCGGCUUUACAGGCAACAUCAUCUCCAAAUCUUGUUUAUGUCUGCAAUCCUUUCUCCGCACCACCGGAGUACCAAUACCAGCCAGACAACUGUCCAGCUAAUACAAUUCGAAUAGGAGACAUCCCAAAGGUGUUGAAGUUGUUAACUUGUUCUGAUGCCAACAAUGAGACAUGUGAAAGGGGACAAUUUUUAACCAAUACUGAUUAUAAGACAGUGGAGGCUUACUCAAGUUCAAUACAGAAUCUACUAAAUGCAUAUCCGGGAAUGGAAAGUCUUUUAGAAUGUCAGUCAGUGAAGGAUGCCUUUUCUGAGAUCCUACUUAAACACUGCAAACCUUUGAAGAGAUAUGUUAAGAUGGUUUGGGUGUCAAUGGUCAUCUUGUCAAUAAUCAUGCUAUUUUUGGUUCUGAUAUGGACAGCAAAAGCUCACCAUGACCAGAACCAUCGUUUUUCAGAUGGUUCUGUGAAACCUCGUUUGGAAGCAGGUGCAGCUAAAGAAGUUAACAGUCACACCAACUCUAAUAUAGUCUAGAAAUUAGGAGUAGGGAGAAAUGCUACAUAUACUUUCAAGUGCUUAUUCCCAAGUACUUACUCCCUGACGUGGCAGUGAAAACCACCAUUGGAUUUUGGAUGGAUUUUCAUUUGUUAUUUCAUCGAAUAGUAAUUUUCACUACACGUCAGAGAAUAAGUAUUUGGGAGUACAUGUAGCAUUUAUUGUGGGGUAAGUCUUAGGAAAAUACUGGAAGAACAAUGCGCAAGCCACUUCCAAAAACUUAAGUAGAUAAUCAUAAGAGAUUGUAAAUAUACAAAAAAAGAAAGUAAAGACCAAGAAGAAUAUUGAUUUCGUAAAAUCUCACGAGGGGGGAAAUGAGUUUGCUUCAGGCAAGAAUUUUUUUGUAACUGAUAUGCAAUCCUUUCCUUCUUUGAUAAAGUAUAGGGCCAAAGCAGGGGACCAACCCCGCUAUGAAGUGUAAGGAAAUAUGUUGAGCAAUAAUUUAUUCUACCUAGUUCAAUUUUUCAUCGCAA